GAAACGCGUCACCGCGUUCUCGUAGUUGCGAUGGAACCACGUCGCACGGCACUUGGAAGCCUCCAGAAACAACGAUGGAUUCUCGAUGCCGCUCGGCUUAAACCCUAACCCCACACUCCGCAGCUCUCGCUGUCGCGGUAUUGGCCUGGACCUCUCAAUUCGGACAAGACAGUGAGAGACGACGCACAGCGCAGGCGGGUUGCUCACAAUCUCGCUGGGCGUUCAUCAUCCGACAUUGCGGCCGCUUUCUCUGUAUCUGUUGGAACAAUCGGGAGGAGUUUUGUGGUGAGAUGGCGUCUCGUGUGCCGUGGCGUCGCACUUUGACGUUGUUGCAGCAGCAGCAGCGGCUACGAUCUUCCCAACCCCUUGCUGCCCCUUGUUAUCCCUCGUAUGGGUCGUCCUUGCUGCACCGUUUGACAGGGAGGGCUCUGUACAGCUCUAAGGGAGCCGGCAGCGAUGUCAUCGGUAUCGACUUGGGUACCACGAAUUCGUGCGUGGCUGUGAUGGAGGGAAAGAUGCCACGCGUGAUUGAGAAUUCGGAAGGUGCUCGCACAACACCUUCCGUAGUUGCCUUCACUUCAAAGGGUGAGAGGUUGGUUGGUACACCCGCCAAGCGACAAGCUGUGACAAAUCCAACAAACACGCUGUUCGGAACAAAGCGUUUGAUUGGGCGACCCUUUGAUGAUCCUCAGACCCAGAAGGAGGCCAAAAUGGUGCCGUACAAAAUCAUCCGAGCUCCGAAUGGGGAUGCAUGGGUGGAGGCCGGAGGGCAGAAGUAUUCUCCCAGUCAGGUAGGAGCGUUCGUCCUUGGCAAAAUGAAGGAUACAGCGGAAUCGUACUUGGGUAGGCCAGUGGGAAAGGCAGUGAUCACGGUGCCAGCGUACUUCAACGACGCGCAGAGGCAAGCGACGAAAGACGCAGGACGUAUUGCAGGAUUGGAUGUGCUGAGAAUCAUCAACGAGCCGACUGCUGCGUCGUUGUCGUAUGGGAUGGAUCGCAAGGAAGGGUUGGUGGCGGUGUUCGAUCUGGGAGGUGGCACAUUCGAUAUUUCAAUUUUGGAGAUCUCUGGUGGUGUGUUCGAGGUGAAGGCAACGAAUGGAGACACCUUCUUGGGUGGAGAGGACUUCGAUAACGCUCUGCUUCACCACUUGGUGGAUGACUUCAAGAAGGAGCAAGGUAUCGAUCUUUCCUCAGAUCGUAUGGCACUUCAGCGGCUCCGUGAGGCUGCUGAGAAGGCGAAGGUGGAGCUGUCAUCCACCCCUCAAACCGACGUGAAUUUGCCCUUCAUUACAGCUGAUGCUUCUGGAGCUAAGCAUUUGAAUGUGACUCUAACGAGGUCGAAGUAUGAGCAAUUGGUGAACCACCUGAUUGAGCGCACGAAGCAGCCUUGCAAGGACUGCCUGAAGGAUGCAGGUCUGUCCGCGAAGGACGUGGAUGAAGUGCUGUUGGUGGGUGGAAUGACAAGGAUGCCAAAGGUGCAGGAGGUGGUGAACAGUAUCUUCAGCAAGGAGCCGAGCAAAGGUGUGAACCCAGAUGAGUGCGUGGCCAUGGGAGCCGCCAUCCAAGGUGGUGUGUUGCGAGGGGAUGUGAAGGAUAUCCUUCUAUUGGACGUGACACCUCUGUCAUUGGGUAUUGAGACGUUGGGAGGGGUGUUCACUCGUUUGAUCACUCGGAAUACGACGAUACCAACGAAGAAGAGUCAGGUAUUUUCGACGGCAGCGGACGGGCAGACGCAGGUGGGCGUGAAGGUGUUGCAGGGCGAGCGUGAGAUGGCUGCGGACAACAAGGUGCUGGGACAAUUUGACUUGGUGGGGAUCCCUCCGGCCCCUCGGGGAAUGCCUCAGAUCGAGGUGACGUUCGACAUCGAUGCGAACGGAAUAGUGAAUGUAUCUGCGCGCGACAAGGCGACAGGAAAGGAGCAGGCGAUCACAAUCCAGUCUUCAGGCGGUCUAUCGGAGGCGGAUAUCCAGAAGAUGGUGAAGGAUGCGGAGCUGUAUGCGCAGAAGGAUCAGGAGAGGAAAGCGCUAAUAGACGCGAAGAACGAUGCGGACACGACGAUGUACUCGGUGGAGAAAAGCUUGAACGAGCACAAGGAGAAGCUGCCACAGGAUGUUGUGGAUGGCGUCCAAUCGGCGCUAGCAGAGUUGAAGAGCUCAGUAGAUUCAGAGAACGUAGAGGAGAUCAAAGCGAAGAUCAGCGCAGCACAGACAGCGUCGAUGAAGAUCGGAGAGGCUUUGAUGAAGAACCAGUCAGGAGGUAGUUCUGGAUCUGGCCCCACUGGUGAGCAAGCGGCGGAAGCUGAGUACGAGGACGUGAAGGAAGGAAAGAAGUAAGGUGCUGAAGUUUAGUUUUGUAGGUUUACCUUCAACGUGGGGCAGGUAGUGAGCGUCGGGUGAGCUGCAAGAGUUUUCCUUCCAUCCCAUGAGCUUUAAUAGUUUACUUCCUUCGAUGUGCCACCAUUUCCCUCAUAUGGUGGCGAAUGAUUCAGUCCGAAGAGUUGUAUUGGAUGAGAGUGUUACCAUUUUGUAGUUAUUUCUGUAGAUUCGGGCAGUUCCUAUGGUAGAUAGUCUCGUGGAUAGACGCAGGAAAGACUAUUUAUGAGCGGCAGGUGUUAACUAACUCGGCAUGCACCAGUGAGAUUCCAUGUAGAACAGGAGCUAUGUGAAGUUGUAGAGUUUUCAGCUGAUUACUGGCAGAGUCCCUGUUUUAGGGAGGCUACUGUUUGCAUGCACUGGUGAUUUGCAAACGAGAGUUCAAAUACACCGUCAAACUAAUUGACUUGAUCGUACAUGAUCGUCCUCUUUUAUAUC